AUGGAUGACAACGUAAUUGAUGAUGAAGAACCACUUGAUGUUCCCGGGUGUGUUGAAAUUCACCGUGUGGCAGGAUUUGAGGAAAAUGUUUUAGUGAAUGCAACUGAAUCUUCAGCAAAUGAAGUAACAAAAGGUACCGGCUUACCACCUGCUAAAAAGAGAAAAGAAAGACAAGGCGAAAUGAUGUCAUUAGAAAACCUCAGGGGAAAAUCCCCGGUAGAGUGUUUUGAAAUACUUUUUGAUAAUGAAACUGUCACCUAUAUUGUCCAGCAGUCUGUAAUAUACGCCAGACAGAAAAACAAUCAUCAAUUUCAGCUUUCUAAUAACUGCCUAAAAAUUUAUUGGAAUACUUCUUUUUCACUGGCUAUCAUUCACUUUUCGCAAGAACAAUUAUAUUGGUGUGAAGAUGAAGACAUGAACAUUCUGUGUGUUAGAGCAUGCAUGAGUCGGAAUAGGUAUCUGGAAAUUAAACGGUUCCUACAUAUCAGUGACAACUCCGAUUUAGAAAGGAUUCCACUAGGUGAACGUGAUAGCCUCUUCAAGAUUCGCCCAUUGAUUGACAAGCUGAAUGACAAAUUUCAACAAUUUGGGGGGUUUUCUGAAAGUUUGAGCAUUGACGAACAAAUGGUUCGUUACUAUGGACAUCACUACCUCAAACAAUUUAUACGUGGUAAGUCAGUGCGGUUUGGGUUCAAACAAUGGACUAUCUGUUGUUCACAGACUGGAUAUUGUUAUCAGACUCAAGUGUAUGAAGGCAAAUCAAAGAAAUUAGGAGAUGAUGAAAGCAUCAGUGGGCUUGGGACAUCUGUUGUCCUUCAGAUGGUAUCUAUUCUUCAGACACCAAAUGCUCAUAAAGUUUACUUCGACAAUUUUUUCACAGGAUUUUCUCUGAUGAAACAUUUGCAGGACAUUGACGUUAGAGCAACAGGAACUGUUCGAUUCAAAAGAAUGAACAAAUGCCCUAUUGCAACAGACAAGAGAUAA